AUGCUGAACCGCACAAAGGUGCGGCGGCGGGUGCUCGCCUGCGCGCGCUGCCGCAAGCGUAAACUCUCGUGUGAUGGCAAAGUGCCGGCGUGCACCCGCUGCGUUGAUGCCGGUGUCGAGUGUGUCGGUUUUGAUUCUUCCACCCAGAAAGAAGCCCCGCGGUCCAUUGCAGGCUUUCUUGAGGCGCACAUAGCAAGCCUCAACAAUGCCAAUAGUCCGACGGCCUUCCGGACGCCUGGACGGCUAAGUGUUGCGUUUCCUUCUCCAGCUGCCUCUCACGACUCAGAGUCCAAUCCCGGUUGCAGUGUGGGAAAAUGCUCCCGCACGGACAGCCUUGUGGAUCUGGCCAUGCAAGACAUCACUCCCAAGUUUCUCGGCGUGACCCAAAAGCGACCUUUCCUCAGUUGUGUCGUGAAGGGCACGCAGCUUCCUUCUCGGAAAGGACCCGUGGGCUCGAAAGAUCUGGACGAGAACAACCCGCGGUCCAUCAUCAAUCCGCAGACCAACACAAACUAUAUGGACAGCAUCGCCUGGAAAACUGCUAGCGGCUUGUUCAACAACUACCUGGAGCGAGUCAUCACCCAGUAUCCCAUCUACCAUCGGAACGAUGUCACAGCCGCGUUCAAUGCCGUUUACGUACCCAUGUCAAGUCCACGCCAGGCGACAUCACGGGAUCGCUACAUUGUCAGCAUCAUCAUGGCCAUUUCGCUAUCAACCGCCGCACGCACCAAGCAGGAAAAAGCGAACGCUCUGGCGUCGCUCAUUGUACGACAAGCGAUGCAGUACAUCCCGGACGUAGCGACGAACGAUGUGCCGGGGUUACAGGCUAUACUUCUGUUGACGCAAUACAUAUUCCUUAAUCCCAGCAUUGCAGACGUCUGGCUUUUGACAGGUCUCAUAAGCCAGGCUGUCAUCGAUCUCGGACUCCAUCAGGAACUUCCCAAUGAUUCCAACAUAUCAGCUUACCAUCGUGACAUGAGGAGACGUUUAUUUUGGUGCGCUUGGGAAAUGGAGAUUGGGGUGUGCUGCAUCUUCCAAUACCCCUUCACCUUGCCGAUACAGCCAACCAACGUAGAGUUUCCAGUUGAGGUGGACGACACAUCGAUAACGCAAACAGGAAUCGACUACUCUGGACGGGUAUCUAAGUUUACAUCUAGGCGCAUAUGUCUAUUCCGGCUACUUGAGGCUGAGAUCAUUUCGGUCAUGUGGCAUGGACAACCAUUGCCACCGAAUUGUCCCUCCAUCGAGCACUGGAAGCAGAGCUGUAUGCAAAGAAUUGAAAAAUGGAAGAGCGAGAUAUAUGAAGCAGCAGCCGCUAAUCGGGAUCCGAGCUUCGCGGAGCGCUGGAAAGAGAUGUCAUUAUAUUCCGAGAUCACAGUCCCGUAUGUUGCGGUAGCGGUUUACCGCCCAACCAAGGCGGUUCCGUCGCCACCCCCAGAUCAGCUUCUUGUCGCCUUCCACAACACGGUCUUAGUUGCGAACGGAUAUUGCCAACAGAACGAUGCCGACUACGGGAGAAUCAAAUAUGUAUUCCAUCCUUGCCACCACGUUUUCAACUGCGCUACGGUUUUCCUCCGGAUCCUGGCUUGCUGUCCACGACAAAUCUCCGAAAUUUACUCCUUUGAGAUGAUUGAGGAUUACACCGUCCGAUUUGCUACAUGCUUCCACAAUAUCGCUGAACGAUGGCCUGCAGCAAGACGUUGUCUGGAUGAAUACGAACGUCUCUUGGAACCUGUUAAACAGGGUUAUCAAGACUUUUUGGCACGAAAGGCGAUGCAAGCGCGGAUUUCAGAGACGCCGGCUGAAACAGCAUACAACACUUACUUCGCAGAACAGAUGGACGACACAGUAAACUCAUGGCCAAUGUUCAAUCCUACAGCGGCAUCGAGCAUGUCUGAUCCUCUUAGCGCUACCUCAUACAACGCGCCGUAUGACUGGCAUACAGAAUUCGAUCUUGACUUUGGUCGAGAGUCUGGGACGAUGCACGAUGUCGCACCGCAGUUUUCUACGCCACCUUCAUUGUAG